UUUUAAUUGAAUUUUCACAUUUAAAGGUCGUUUCUACUUGUUAUCCACCAUUGAGUAGUUUAAGAUACCAUCCUCAGAUAUCAAGUAAGAGUGAAGUUGAAAGAGAUUUCUUCAAAAAAAAUAAGGAUAAAAUAUAUGAAUUGGUGAGAGAAGAACAAUUAUGGAAAAUACAUUGAGUGAGACAGCGAUUGAAAGCAUCGAUAUUUCUGAUGAGAUGUUGAAAGAGAUGAGAAAAACUUCAAACUACUGUGACAUCUGUGGUAAAUCAUUUUCUCUAAAGAAAUCUUUAACUGCUCACAAACGUAUUCAUACAGGAGUGAAACCAUAUCAGUGUAAUAUCUGUGGUAAAGCUUUUUAUCGAAGUACUUAUUUAACAAUUCAUAUACGUACUCAUACAGGAGAAAAGCCUUAUCACUGUGAUAUCUGUGAUAAAUCAUUUGCUCGGAGUCAUCAGUUGACUGUCCAUAAAUACAUUCACACAGGAGGGCAGCCAUGUCACUGUGAUAUCUGUGGUAAAUCAUUGUCUUCAAACAGUAAAUUAAAAGUGCACAAACGCUUCCAUACAGGAGAGAAACCAUUUCAGUGUGACAUCUGUGGUAAAUCAUACUCUAUUAGUAGUCAUUUAACAUCUCACAAAUAUUUUCAUACAGGAGAGCAACCAUACCACUGUGAUAUCUGUGGUAAAUCUUUCUCUGCAAAUAGUCAAUUAACUAUACACAAACGCAUUCAUACAGGAGAAAAGCCGUAUCACUGUGAUAUCUGUGGCAAAACCUUAUCUGACCCACGUAACUUGAAUAGUCAUAAACGUGUUCACACAGGAGAGAAACGGUAUCUUUGUGAUGUCUGUGGUAAAUCAUUCUCUCGUGGUGGACAUUUAACUGCUCACAAAUGCAUUCACACUGGAAAGAAGCCACAUGCGUGUGAUAUCUGUGGUAAAUCAUUCUCUACAAGUUCUGAAUUAACUGCUCACAUACGCAUUCAUACAGGAGACAAGCCUUAUUCCUGUGAUAUCUGUGACAAGUCAUUUUCUCGUAGAGAAUCAUUAUCUGCUCACAAACGAAUUCAUACUGGUGAGAAGCCACAUCACUGUGAUAUCUGUGGUAAAUCAUUCACAACAUCAACUAACUUAACUAAACACAUACGCAGUCAUACAGGGGAGAAGCCAUACUGUUGCGAUAUCUGUGGUAAAUCAUAUACUACAGCAAGUAGUUUAACUACACACAAACACAUUCACACAGGAAAGAAACCAUAUCACUGUGAUGUCUGUGGGACAUCAUUUUCUCAGAAACGUGGCUUAAUGGUGCAUGUUUGUAUUGAUUCUGAAGAAUAACUGUCAGUGUCUGAAGAUAUGCAAUGAAGAAAUACCUAACCAUAGAUGCAUUCACAGAAGGUAGACACGACUAUCUUUCAUGACUGAAUUCAGUUUGAUAUUUUUAGUAAAAAUAAUUUCAGAAUAUACUUCUAUAUUUUGUAGCUUAAUUAUUUCCUGAUGGAAACAACAGUAGAUUUAUUGGACACUGUGGGUAAAUAACUGAGAAGUGUAUUCUUAUACAUCUUCAGUGGCCACUCUGUACAGGUAUUAUGUUGGAAUGAUGUGGUGCUGCAAUAUCUGGAUGGAUGGAUAGGCCACACCUUAAGAAAACCAAAAUCCUAACCUGAAAUCCUCGAAGGCGGGUUAUGAAAAAGUAAGGAUCCAUCUGGAAAGAAGAAAAUAUUUCAUACCCCUUCGGAAUAUAAGUAUGAUGUCUUAUUUAUAGUCUUUGUUUUCUAUAUAUUCAUUCAUGUAUAUACUCCAUCGAAUUAACAAAAGUAAUGACUUCAACAAUUUCUAUCGGAUAGUUUUUCGGUGAACCUGACAGUAUUUUUGGUGUUUGUACAUAAUCUUCUCUAUAUUCAUUCAUGUAUCUAUUCCUAUAUCCUGUGAAAAAUGUUAUGUAUUUUUCUGAACAAUGGAAUGUUUCAUGCUUUAGAUAAUAAAAUAAAGACUUAUUAA